AUGACGCGCAACUGGCGCUCUCGGCCGCAGCUGACGGAGUCUUGGGAUGACAUGGAAGACAGCGCCGAGGACAAAAGCGAGAUCUACGACGAAGACGAGGAGCGGGACGAGAUGGGAGAAGAGUAUCGCCCACGCGCGAACGGCAUGAAGGCUUCCAUGGGAGACAGUCGCGACUUGCGGCGCCGCAGCCUGAGAUCAUCGGUCGAGUCAGAGUUGGUUAUGCCGUCUUCCCCUGAUGCCAGCCCGAACAGAGCAUCCAGCGAACAGCGCGCAUCAACGCCGCACAUGCGCUUGAACCAACGAUCCAUGACAAGCGACGCCGGCGAGUUGCGUAGGAAGACGAGAUCUUCGAAUCUACGCGCGAGAGGUCUCGAUCGCUCUACCACGAGUGACGCCGGCCGCUUCCGUUCCUCGCGCCUUGUCCAGCACGACGACGCAGAUUACGAAUCCGACGAAGAGAGUGCAACACAAUCAGGGAGCGUACUAUGGCAGCGCAUACUUCGUCCAGCACUUGGAUACUUUGCUAGCGUCGCAGGCUUGGUCAUGCAGAACCUGAAGCCUAUUCUCGCAUACGGACUGCUCCUCUACCUCGUGGCAGCAGCGCUGGUAUUCGGCGCAGGCUUCCUGACCAACAGCAUUACCAACGCUCUGAGCCCCCUUUGCCGACUUCCUUUCACGUCGAAUUUGGCCUUCUGCCCUUCGCCGCAGUCGCCAGAGCUGAAGGGAAACGCAGAAUUCGACAAGCUCGUGCAGGCUCAAGAUGCAUUCCAAGAUGUGUUGGCGGGCACUACAUCUGGUUCUCAGCUCCCUCUGGCCAUGAAGCGAGGUGAAGCCAGCAUCCGCGAUUUGAAGCAUGUAGUGCAGUACUCGCAUCUGCCCUCAAAGAACGAGCUUGUGUUCGAAUUCGGUGGCUUCAUCGAUACUGCUCGCCAGGCGUCCCAAGACCUGGGCCGCUUCAAUUCGCGCAUUGGUAGGGCCGUCGAUCACAUACUCAGCACGAACCGAUGGACAAUAUCUGUUAUCGAUGGCGUGGAAGCCAACGAGGCUUCGAAGGGCGCAAUCUCAAAUUGGGUCACCAAGAAUUUGAACAUCUUCGCUCCUUUCCAACCACUCAGCCUGUCCCGGAACGUACUAUUGGACCAGUAUCUCCGCCACACUAGCGCGGUUGAGGAACAAAUUCUUGGUCUCAUCAACGAAGCGCUGGCUCUUCGGGACAUUCUGGAGAACUUGGACGGACGCCUAGACGUCAUAGCUGGAAUAGUGACUCGGGACGACGUGAAGCUCGGAGCCACGAAGGAUGAGCUGUUUGCCACUCUUUGGACAAAGCUAGGCGGCAAUCGGGCUUCAGUUGCCAAGCUUGAGCAGCAGCUGAAGCUGCUGAACGAGGUGACGCACUAUCGCAAGCUGGCUUGGGGCCACGUUACUGCUACGAUCCUCAAGUUGCAAGAGAUCCAGCACAGCCUUGAGGAUCUUCGCGAGCGGGUUGCUCUACCAGAAACUAUUGGCACGGCGAAGAUUCCGCUCGAGGUCCAAAUCGAAGCCAUCAACCUUGGAAUUGAGCGCUUGGAGAAUCAGCGAGAUGUUAGCCGCAAGUUGGAGGCAGAGAACUAUGCAAGGAUUGUUUCAGCCGGGGAGUCCAAGGAUAGACAUCUCAUUGAGAGGUCGAAGGAUGCGAAGGAGUUGUGA